AUGAGCCAAGAAGAGCAGCAGAUAGCAGACGCCCCCCCCGGGCCUCGCACUGCCUCACUGAUAAAGGCGGGUAAUCCUUUGGCUGACAAAUGGACGAAGCUGUUCGUUCUUAUUGAAAAGCAAGAAGAUGCCCAAGCAGAAGAACUGUUGAGACAGCUGGCCUCCGAAAGCGAAACUCUAGAGGUGGAGGUGCAGCCCUUCUCUUCCCUCCUCGCCCACGCCGCUUUCUACUGUCCCCGCAUUCUGCAGCUUCUCCUUGACGAAUUCCAUUGUGACCCUAACCUCAGAUCCACAGAAGCAAAGGGGCAGACACCCCUGUUCAAUGCCCGAGGCGAGGCCGCUACGCUGCUGUUGGCUGGGGGGGCGGAUAUAAGGGCACUUGACUAUGAAGGCCAAUCAGCUCUAACGUCCGCUGUUCUCUGCCACCACUAUGAACAGGGACAAAGGCUCGCUGUGCCGUGGGGGGAACAGGCGGCGGGGUUGAUGCUGGCCGGCGUAAUGCCUUGGGAAGCAGUCAAUAAGGAAGGCGAGAGCUGCAUCCACUUAGCAGCAGCACAGCCUGUUGAGGAGGCAGGGGAGCAACAGAUCUUGUGGGACGCGUUCUUCAGCGUCUGCUCCAAAACGGACGCAGCAGCAUCAGCAGCAGCAAAGGAGCUCCUCUACAAGCAAAAUGCAAAAGGACUUAACUGCAUGCAGCUCGCGGAUGCUGCUGGGAACACAACCCUUGAGCAGCAACUGCGUAGUUGGGCAGGAGCAGCGGAAGAGGGAGCGGAGGGGGCAGCACGGCCCUCUCAGGAGACACAAAGUGAGGGAGUUCAGCAGCUUGAGCAGAAUAAAGAAGACGCAAAUAUCCUUGACAACAAAGACAGCGCCCGUAUACAGGAAAGUACGGAUUCACAUGCUGUAGAAACAGCUCAGGCCCCGCAGGAAACGGAGGGGGAGAAGGCAGAGCAACAACAAGCAAACACCAAAGAGCAGGAGACGAAUGAAGUACGAAACGGCGCUGAGACAACGGACGAAGGAAUGGAAAAGCAGGGGAUGAGGGAGGAGGAGAACCAAAAGCCAGGGGAGCCCAACGAAGGCGAAAAUAGAAGUACAGAAAAUGCCUUGAACGAAGCAAACCAAUCAAAAGACACAGAUCCCCUGCAACAAACGCAGGUGCACCAGCAAAAGGCGACAAACGAGGUAUCAGGAGCCGAGAUGCAUCCGCCAAGCAGUGGCGACAACCAACAGCCAACUGAACAAACAACGCAACAAACAGCUGAUCCAGAACGAUCAAACGACGCAGAAGCAAAGACAGAUACCAACGGGAACACUAACGCACAGACAAAAACAGAACCAGAGACGGGGACGGACACAGAGGCACAGGCAAAGACAGAAAUAAAGACAGGGAACGCCAUUCCCCGAACCGGGCACCAUCAAGACUCCCCCAGCAGCUCUGCUAGCACUUCAGCUAGGGAUGAUCCCCAGGCAAUUGCGAUCCGGUCUUUGAAUGAGGAGCUGCGCAAGCAGAGCCUUCUGGCUGAUGCCCUAGAGAAGGAGUUAAAUGAAGCUCGUGAGAAGCUUGAGGAGGCGGAGGAGGCGAAUAUGAAGGUGACGACGCGUCUGGCCAGCAUUCUAUCGGGGCAAACAAGGCAAGAAACCUUCUCAGUCAGGUCCAACAGCCAAGUGCACUUUACAACGCCAAUUCAACAAGAAGGCGGAGAGUUGCAAACCACCAUCACACGAGAAGGAUAUGACGACGCCCUCAUGCAAGUUUCGCAACUCGAAAAACAAUUACAGGCGAUGACUCAAACCCUCAGUGCACUAAUGCAAAAAAAAGAAGAACAAGAAAAAGCACAAGCCGCUAAAAUCAUGGAGUGCAAGAGAGCCUUUGGGGAGUUUGUGUUGGAAGUGGCAAAGAACUCGGUGAUGCAAAAGGGGGGCAAGCCCGUCUCGGAGCAGCAGGUGAGGAAACUGCUGCAGCAGGAGGAGGAGCAGCAGCAAAUUGUUGACCGCCUGCGAGCAGACUUGUUGAGGAUAGAAUAUGAAAUGGAGCUAAAAUUCGAAUUAUAUAGAAACAGAGGACGCUGGCAAUCAGACGAAUGCGACGCCAUGCAAGCGAUGGACUUUGAACAACUCAAAAUGGAAAACCAAACACUCAACGAAAAACUUGUAGAACGGCAAGAAGAAGCACUUAAACUUCAAAACAUCGCCAAAAAAUCCGCACAACUAAUAACCCACUGGAGGGAGAACCUCGCGUUUCAGGAGAAGAGAAACGCAGCCGCUGCAGCACAGCUGGCGGAAUUGGACGAAGAGCUGGCCAAGCAGCGAGAAAUAGCCGCUCAGUUGAAGCGAGAACGUGCAGAAUACAAAGCUCAAAAUGAAAAGGUCAAGUGCCAGACGGACGUCGCCAACUCCGAGCUCCUCUCUGCAGACUGGCAAGCGACAGAAGCCAAGAUAAAAGAAACAGCAGCAGAAGUAGGCAUUUAA